GGUUCAAUUUGAGUUUUCGGACCUAAAUAUGUUCUGCCAUGGGGGAGCAGACGACACAACCCUCUUCCAGUCCCAAUCCAAACCCCCAAAGCGAUGGCAUUUGCUGACCUGAAAGGAACCUCAGCAAUCAGGAUAAAGGAAACAGGAUAAAGGAAUAUUACCUCGAAAUUCGCAAAAUUUUUCCAUUUUUGCUGCUUCCCUCCUUGUAACCCUACCCCCUCUCCCCUUCUUUCCCUUUUCAAUAUCAAUCUUGUAUCAAUAUCAAUCUUGUAUGCUGCACAUAAUCACUGAUUCCUUUUGCUUGUUUUCUUUGCAUUCAUGGAAGUCGCUUCUCACCCAAUUCAUAAUCCUCUUCUUCUCUGUUGUGGAAGAUCCAGCCUUUGUCUUUCAUCUACUUCAUUGCGGUUCUAUGAGCAUAAAAGACUAUUUGGACACUUAUCAAUUAAGCAAGCAAUUUUGAGAAAUUCAACUAACUCUGCUUUGAAUGGCUCUUUAUGCAUUCAAAGGAAGCAUGUGGGAAUUCCAUGGACUUAUCACUCACAAGAGGAGUUCAACUGGCCAUAUUUUGACUAUAAAUUGAAUAAAAGCAAUAAGUUGCGAAGACACGCAGGUGUAAGAUCUGAACUUGUGGGAAAUGGGAUCCCGGAUUCUUCCUAUUCAUUAUCAGAAACUAAAUUAGGGUCAAAAGUUAGGGGAGUGUGCUUUUGUGCUGUUACUGCAAUUGCUGCCAUUUUUCUGUUUGUGCUGAUGUUGGUACAGCAUCCUUUUGUGCUCUUGUUGGAUCGGUACCAAAGAAAAGCUCAUUAUUUCAUUGCCAAAAUUUGGGCAUCGUUGAGUGUCACUCCAUUUUUAAGAAUCAAGUUUGAGGGAUUGGAUAAUCUACCUUCUCCAGAUACCCCUGCUGUAUAUGUUUCAAACCACCAGAGUUUUCUAGACAUAUAUACACUUCUCACUCUUGGAAGAACCUUUAGGUUUAUAAGCAAGACUGGGAUAUUUCUAUUUCCUAUCAUUGGAUGGGCCAUGUUUAUGAUGGGUGUCAUUCCUUUGAAGCGGAUGGACAGCAGAAGCCAGUUGGAAUGUCUAAAACGGUGCAUGGAACUAGUGAAGAAGGGGACGUCUGUAUUUUUCUUCCCAGAAGGAACACGGAGUAAAGAUGGAAAAUUAGGCACUUUCAAGAAAGGUGCAUUCUCGGUUGCAGCGAAAACCAGGGUGCCUAUAGUACCUAUUACCCUUAUAGGGACUGGAAAAAUCAUGCCUCCAGGAAUGGAGGGUAUCUUGAAUUUUGGGUCUGUGAGAAUUGUUAUUCAUAAGCCAGUAGAAGGAAGUGAUCCUGAAGUUCUAUGCAGUGAAGUUAGAAAAACAAUUGCAGAUGUGCUUGAACAGCAAAGCUGACAUUAGUUUUAAUGGAUUGAUGGUAUUAGGAGCUUGGGCUUCCAUGAAUGAGAAUAAUUUGCUGAAUUGACGGAAGCUUUUCUCAAGGUUGGAUGUUUUGUAUGGCAGAUGUGUUUUCUGAAGCUGCAGUUAUUGAACAAUAUACACUUCGAUAUUGAUAUCUGACAUGCAGGUCUUGGCGUGCCAGGACUUGGCUUGGCCAUGAUGCAGAGCACAAAAUCAAUCUUGCACCACUUUCCAAAAUGAUCAUGCAGGUGAAUCCAAAGGGAUGCUAACGACUAAUGAGUUCACUGAAUGCAAAUAACAAUUUUUACAUGAACUGGGUUAUGGUGCAUUUCGCCAAAUGAUGUCACAGUUGCACUAAUCAAAAGGCGAUUUUGAGUUGUCUAUAGUUUCUAAAAGUUCAGUGUCUUGAUCUUUUGUGUUUCAAGUUUUUUCUUUUAUGCUGCCAUUUAGUCAUUCAAAGUGAAAUAAUGAAAGCAUUCACUAUUUGUACUCAUAAA